AUGGAAACCCUCAUUGGAAUGGUAGCAAAUGGAUUUAUUGUCCUCACCAAUGUCAUUGAUUGGCAGAGAAGCAGGAACCUCUCCAUGACUGAUCUGAUCCUGACCUGUCUUAGCUUGGCCAGACUGGCUUGGCUGGCAGCAGUGAUUCUAGGUGUGACUAUGGUUUCCUUUUUUCUGAGCACCUAUGCGUUUGAUCAUGUACAUUUAAUGUUUACCAUCAUGUGGGUAUUUACAAACAGUGUCAACCUUUGGUUUGCUGCUUGUCUCGGUGUUUGGUACUUAAUGAAGAUCGCCAUCUUCUCCCACCCCAUUUUCCUCCAGGUGAAGCGAAGUCUCUCUGGACUGGUACCAUGGCUGCUUCUGGGCUCAGUGGUCCUCUCUGCUUUUAUGACUAUUAUUAAUGUCACAGCUUUGAAAACUGGCUCUUCCAUUUACAACCCAUACAAAUUACUUGUAAGCAACAGCAAUGAGUCAGAAAUUAGAAAGGCAGCCUUUAGUGAGAUGUUUGUCAUUAUAAACACUGGCCAAAAUUUCAUCCCCUUGGUGUUGUUUGUACUCUCCAUCAUCUUCUUAAUAAUCUCUCUCUGGAAGCAUAUGAAACAUUUGCAAUGCGACGGAGUCAGCACCAGCGAUCUCAACACCAAGGCUCACUUGACAGCCCUCAAAGCUCUGAAUGUGAGUACUCUAUACCCCUCUGGACAUGCCAUUAUCCUGAUAUUACUUAAUCCCAAACUGAAACAGGCGUGGGUCAGGAUGAUGCCAAAUUUAAAAUGCCAUCUGAGGAAGACACCAUCUUAA